AUGGAAGAAGUUUACUCGGAUUUAAAUGACUUUGAAAAGAGGCUAAAGGUAAAUAGAAAUCUUGAAGAUCAAGUCCAGUCUUCAUCAGAUGAAGAGGAUACUAAUGUAAAACCUAGGUUUACAACAGAAGCUGAUGUGCUCAAGGAAAAAAACAGAAUACUCAUGGAAAAACUUUUCAAAUCAGAAAAGUAGGUAAACGAAUACAAGGAGAUGGUAGAUGCUAUUUCAAAUGGAGGUAAAGCUGACUUGAAAGAUAAGAAAUUGAUUGAUCUUGCUAAAAAGAAUAGAUCGUUGUAACUAUAAGUAGAGUCUCUAAAGACAAAAGCUGCCAAAGCUGCUGAAUUCGCUCUUAAACUAAAAAAAGAGAAGGAUUUGGAUGAGACGAACUCUUAAAUGUCUCCUAAGAAAAGCAAUAAUAUACUAGAGACAUAAAGUAUGAUGACUGGAAUUGAUAGUGAUAAGAAAUUUAAAGAUCAGCAGCUAAAGGGAGAAUUAGAUAAAGCAAUAAAAUGUUUGGAGAGAGAAACAGGUGAAAUAGUUAGUCUUGAUGAUAUGGUGAGAGAAGAUUCGAAUUGGAAGGGCAGAGCUUAGAAAAUUGAAGUCCUUAAAAGCUAGAUAAAGAAAUUAAAGGAGUAGAAUUUUGGAACAAGUAUGAUGAAUGAUGGACUUUCAGUCAUUUCAGAAACUCCAAGUGUAUUUACAGGAAAGAUUACUCAUGCCGAGAAGAACUUAACAAAGCUUAAUAAUAACCGUACAAAUGAGCUAGAGCAGCUGAGAAAAGAGUUGGAGGAGACUAAGGAUGAGCUGAAUAAUGUCAAGACCAAAUAUAAGGCUGCAGUUGCUCGCAGAGACACUCUUGAAAACUAGAUGAAAGAUGUUAAGAGUGAAUUCACUAGUAAAUUCAAGAUUCUAAUAGAGAAGACUGAGAAUGAUGACAAACUGAUAUAGAUGCUUAAGGCAGAGAUAAAGAGAAUCGAAUCAGCAAAGGGGGUUAAGUCUUAGCUCUCAAGUGGCGGUAUUUCAACUACAUCAAGUGUUAAGUCUUAAUAAUAAGACACUGUUCCAGAAUUCGCCAAGAUGAAAGCAGAGAAUGGCAGACUGAAAAACUAGAUUAAAUGUCUUGAAAUAGAACUGGAAUAGAAAGAAGACAAAAUCAAGAACUUGCUGACUAAUUGUGUAGGUGCUCCAGAUGAGAGAUUUGAGGAAAAGGAACUAAGAAUAGCAGAACUUGAAGAUAAGGUUGAAUCACUUGAGAAAGAGAACUUUAGAAUAAGGCAAGACAUGAACUAGACUAAGGAUGGAUUCGGCAGAGGUGGUGGACAACCAGGCCCAACUAGGACAAAGGAUGAAAGUGAUAAGAUUAUUAAAGAGCUGAGCAAAUAGAAUGCUAUGCUUAGAAGGAAAUUGGAUGAUGCCCUAGAAAGAUUAGGAAAUUCUACUGGUUUUAAAUAGUGA